AUGCUGGAGCGCCUGAUUCUACAGAGAAUUAGUCCGGAGCUGGACAAGAAGAUCACAGUAGAGCAGGCUGGUUUUAGACAGGGGCGCAGUACCUGCGAUCAAGUCCUUGCUUUGACCACGUACAUCGAAAAUGGCUUCCAGAGCAAACUCAAGACUGAUGAAGAUGAGGGAACCAGUGAAGAUGAGGAAGAUGAAUUGUAUACAGAGGGCCAGUGUCAGGACAGCAGCAGCAGCAGCAGUGACGAUGAGGCAGAAGAGGGAGCAAACCACAGUAAAAGAGGGAGGAUGUUCAGGAUGCUCCACUUUCAAGAUAACAUGAGCUCUGAUUCCAGUGAAGAUCGCCUGGUGAAAAUAAGGCCUGUACUUGACCACAUGAGGGGGCAGUGUAUGGAAAUUGAGAGUGAAAACCAAUUCUCAAUUGAUGAAAUGAUGGUACCAUACAAAGGCAAAAAAGCUGGAAGUCUGCGGCAGAAAUGGGGUUUCAAGAUCUUUGUGCGAGCUGGUGUGUCUGCCUUUGUGUAUGACUUCAUGGUUUACACAGGGAAGUCUACAUUUGAUGGUGCUUCUCUAGACAAAGAGUUUGGGUUAUGUGGAAAUGUGGUUCUGCAGCUGUGCAGAACCAUCAGAAAUCCCUCCAACUGCGUUGUCUACUUUGACAACUUUUUCACAUCCCUGAGAUUGAUAACUCAUCUAAAGGAGUCUAUGGGCCUCAGCAGUUUGGGUACCAUUCGAAAGAACCGCUUGAUAGGUUGCACAUUGGAAGAAGAUAGAGACCUCCUACGAAGAGGAAGAGGCAGCUUUGACUUUCGUGUAGACAACGAUGCAAAGCUUGCUGUGGUCAAAUGGGCAGACAACAAAACUGUCACCUUGGUGAGCUCCUGUGCUUCUGUCAGCCCAGUUGGCCAAGUGAGACGCUACUCCAAAGAGGAAAAGAAGAAGAUAAGCGUGCCAUGCCCGAAGAUUGUAUCUGAGUACAACACUCACAUGGGAGGAGUAGAUUUGGCUGAUAUGAUGAUUGCCCUCUAUCGCACUCCAGCCAAGUCACAUCGAUGGUACCUGGCCAUAUUUUGGCAGAUGGUUGACAUUGCUGUCAAUAAUGCCUGGCUUCUCCAUCGUCGUGAUGCAGCCCAACUGGGUCAGAAACAUCAUUGCCUGAAGGUCUUUAGGUUGGAUGUUGCCAAAGGACUCAUCUACCCUGAAAAGCAAAAAAGGGGUCGCCCCUCCAAAGGAAACGAAGACAACACACCACCAAGAGUAAUCAAACAGCCAAAAGUCCCCAGGCCUGUGGAUGAUAUGAUAUAUGACAGGAUUGACCACUUCCCUAUCGUGUCAGUGAAAGGCCGAUGCAGGAUGUGCCAGGAUGGACAGACCUCCAUCGUGUGUCAGAAGUGCAAAGUGAGGCUUUGCAUUGUCACAGGCCAAAACCCUCGCAACUGUUUGCACAGCUUCCACUGCCAGUAA